AUGGCCUCAAUCAUUCCCACAGGGUCUUACUCUACCACACUAUCUCUCAAGAUGAUUCCAUCAGUUGCCUUUCAAUCAUGGUCUGAUAUCUUGAAAACGGUUGUUGGAAUCUUGGUAAUCAUCGUUACCAUAACUGGAAACACCUUGGUCAUACUGUCCUACCGUCAGGAUCGCAACAUUCGAAAUAUACCAGGUAAUCGAUUUAUCCUCAGUCUUUCCGUUGCUGACCUAAUGGUCGGGUGUGUAUCAAUACCCGUUUACCUGCAACUCUUAAUAUUGAAGAGAUGGGUUCUCGGUGACACCCUUUGCAAGCUCUACAUGGCGUUCGAUUACUUCGUUGUCACUGUAGGAGUAAUGAGUUUGAUCAACAUAAGUCUUGAUCGGUAUUGGAUAGUGAUCAAGAAAUUGAGAUACCGAUCCUUUCAAACCACGCGGAGAUCAAGGAUGAUGAUCGCGGUGAGUUGGCUGGUACCCCUGGUAGUUAUCCCUACACUUCUGUUAUCGUGGCCCUCAAUCUUCGGGGAAGUAGACCAUGCUCUGGAAACCUGCGACACUUCCCAGAUGGUCGAUGGUUCCCUAGGUGUGAUCAUUGUCACCAUCCUGGUCAUACUGCCCUCGUUUUGUAUUUUGUAUCUAAACAUCACACUAUUUAUACGGAUUUGUUUACAACACAGGCGUUUCAGAGGGAAUUCGAAAAGCAGCUCCCAUAGUCAGAUAAAUGUCAUCACUGCAGCUAGUGCAGAUAGGAAUGGUACACGGAUAGCCACUGAGACAGGUGGCGUUGAAAUUGAUAAAACGAAUAACACGAAAAUGGAAGGAUACAGCUCCCGAGACUAUAACCAGGACAACAGCAUUUACCAAGGUUUCACCGAAUCUCAUUACGAUUUCGAUGAAGAACAUGAUAAAAGAAAAAGCGGAACCGAUGAGUUCAUAAAUACUGUCCCAUCAAUCAGCGGUGCCCUAGAACAACCUAGAGGAGAAAAUUACCAAUGUGAUAUCAAGGAACGCGAUACCACACCCACAAAGGACAUUCUUAAGGAAUCUGUACUUAUGAAUAUACCAGCUAUAAGAAGUGACGGAAGAGUCGUAUCUGUAAGUAUGUACCCUCACGAAAGGCACGAGCCUUUAGACCUGGAUCCAAAAGAGCUUGGUCAAAGAAAGAAGUCUUCAGUUCGAUUCCGCAUCCACGAAAAUCGCCAGGUGUCACGGAUCCAACAUGCUGCUCUUAUGCUGAGUACGUUGGUUAUUGUUUUUGUGAUCUGUUGGAUGCCAUUUGCUGUGGUUAAGAUGUAUGAUUGUUUUUCUGAAAGAGGCUCCGUGCCUCCUUUAGUCACCACUUUAACGGGGGACCUCGUGUGGUUGAACUCGACGGUCAAUCCGAUCAUUUAUGCGGUGACAAACCCACGGUUCCGAAAGAAUUUCAUUCGCCUCAUCCACUCCAGGUCAUGUUGCCAAAGUCACUAA